UGGUUCUUGUCUCUGUCUCAGUCCUCUCUCAACAAAAUCACUUUUCCUUUCCCUCACAAAACUAAACAAAACAAACAUCAUAAUUUUCUCACUCUUCUUUUUCUUAUCAUCAUGGCUUUCUCUACUCCUCUCAAUCUCAUUCUAACCAUUCUACUAUCUCUCACUCUCUUCACCGUCAAAAACAUUCACGUUGAAGCACAGAUCGAAGAGACAACAACCUUGAACCUUAGUUCUGAUGUUCUAGAAUGGCCGACAACAAUGUCAUCACUUUACAAUGAUGAAGACAUGGACAGUGAUGAUUUCAGUCGAAGAUCUUUGUUCUGGAGUAGAGUGAAAUACUAUAUCUCGUACGGUGCUCUUGCUGCUAACAGAAUCCCUUGUCCACCUCGUUCUGGUAGAUCUUAUUACACUCACAAGUGUUAUGAAGCUAGAGGACCUGUUCAUCCUUAUACUAGAGGCUGUUCUGCUAUCACGCGAUGCAGGAGAUGAAAAUGAAAUUAUGAGUUGAGUUUUCAUUUUUAUA